AUGUUGGCCACGCAAAAACCAGCGUUGGACCCUCAGGGGACUCAAACGACCAUCCAAAAACUACUAGCAAGUAUUCGGGACCAUGAAGCGAGCAUUCAGAAUCACAAAACAAGCAUCCAGUCACAUGAAGACAGCAUUCAGGCGAUACGAGGGCUAAUUGAGUCUCUACAAUCGAAUGCUCAGACACCUGAAGCGAUCACUAAAAAAACUGUCCAAGAUUCCCAGGUUGAGGAUACGGAAUUCGGUGACUUCGCUAAGGGCGCAGAAGAGGAGGGCAAUGUUGAAUUCGAGAACGAGCCCUGGGAUAACUACGCUGCCAGCGAAAAAACCGAACUUUUCUACCCAGUGUACAUUGGCGAGUUGCUUAACGGGCGAUACUUAGUCGAACACAAGCUUGGUCAUGGAGGGUUUUCUACGGUCUGGAUGGCCCAUGAUCUCCAUGACGGGAAAGAUGUUGCUCUGAAGGUCUUGUCGCUCGGGGGAUAUGAUACGAAUGAGACGCGCAUUCAGACUGAGAUUCGGCAGCACAUCCAGGACAGGUCACAUCUUUUGGUGGCCCUGGACACAUUUAUUCUCCCUCGUGAGGACAAUGCUAACUUUCAUACAAUCCACGUUCUUCCCUUAGUGGGCCCCACUCUAUCAUGGAUCGUUAUGGAGGGGAUGUCGAUGACUACUCGAAUGUCCGCUGCUCUUCAAUUGCUCAAGGCCUUGAAGGCCUUGCAUGAAGUUGGAAUUGUUCAUCGUGAUUUGAGCGAUGCCAACUGUAUGUGGGGGCUUCAAUCCCUUAGUGGUCUAAGCCGGGCGGAAAAGUACGAGAAAUUCAAUCGGCCAUUGAAAAUGCGGAUACCAUAUGUCAAACCCGAGCUCUGGAAAAAGGGAGAGCUCGUUCGGCCUGCUGAGAUUCCCACUGAGUUGCGCACAGAUGAUAUCUUCUUGGGAGAUUUUGGAAUCUCGACCAAACUAGGCGACCCCACAUACGAAGCCAUGCCGGGAUUUCCACCACCCCUGUAUUGUUCACCAGACCGAUUGCACAAUGAACCCCCGAGCUUUGCGUGCGAUAUGUGGAGCUAUAUGAUUAUAUUCUCGGAACUGUACUUGGACUUUCCGCCUUUUUUCUCUACAGCCAAGGGUGGAAUCAUCGGUGAUCUUUUCGAGAUCCUAGGCCCUUUACCUGCGCGUUGGAAAGGUCUUUGCGAUGACCCCAUCAUUGAGGAUUCGUGGUAUGAGGACAUUGAGAAGCCUUUCCCGAAUGCGGAACUCAGAAAGCGAAUCACUAUGCGUCGGCCUGAGAUGGACGAAGCUGAGAAAGAUCUCGCUAUAUCUGUCUUGCGAAAGGCGUUUGUCUACUCCCCCGAGAAACGUCUCAGUGCCGCGCAGCUUCUGGAAGACAGUGACUUCAAGGCACUGAUGCAAAGGUGUUGGAGAUUGUGA